CUCUCUUAACCCCACCCACUCCCCCAAUGCCAAUCCCCUACUCCACGUGGUCCAUCUUACUAAUAUAUACUAUUAAAUUCUAGUAAUAUCCUUCACCUUACUGUUCAAAAAAAAAGCUUCACCUUCAUCUUCACCUUCCCCUCCCCACUCUCUCUCUCACCAACUCCUUUGUUUUCUCUCUCUAAAAGUAAUUAGAUCAGCUGCAGAGUGGUAGUGGUGGUGGUGGUGGUGAUAGUAGCGUUAUGUCAGUGGCGUGCGGGGUGGAAUGGGUGCUGGCGCUGGGUUUCCUCCGGUGGGGGUGGAAGCGUUGCACCUACAUCGGGUCCUACGACAGCGCCACCUGGCCUCCUGCCACUGCCGAGGAGUUCGAGGCAGUCCCCCGCAUUUGUCGCGUGACCCUCGCCGUCUACGAGGGCGACCUCCGCCACCCCCAAUUCCCUCCAGCCGGCGGCUACCGCCUCAACCCGGACUGUGUGAUAAAGCGCCUCACCUACGAGCAGACUCACGGCAACGCCCCUCCCUACAUCAUCUACCUCGACCACGACCACCGCGAGAUUGUUCUCGCCAUCCGUGGCCUCAAUUUGAUCAAAGAGAGCGACUACAAGCUCCUUCUUGACAACAAAUUGGGUAUGCAGAUGUUCGAUGGAGGCUACGUCCACCACGGCCUUUUGAAAUCUGCAGUUUGGUUGCUCAACGAGGAAUCCGAUACUCUGAAGCGAUUGUGGCUUGAAAAUGGGGCCUCGUACAAGAUGAUUUUUGCUGGACACUCGUUGGGGUCUGGGGUCGCAGCUUUGUUGACUGUGAUCGUGGAUGAUUUCUUACCAAGAACACCGACCCCGUUGGAAGAUAUAUUCAAAUCGCUCUUGUGCUUGCCCUGCUUAUUAUUUGCGGUUUGCUGGAGGGAUACUUUCAUACCAGAAGGCAGGAAGCUUAAAGAUCCUAGAAGACUGUAUGCACCCGGAAGAAUGUAUCAUAUUGUUGAGAGAAAAUUUUGCAGAUGUGGGAGAUAUCCUCCAGAGGUUAGAACUGCCAUACCAGUAGAUGGAAGAUUUGAACAUAUUGUCUUAUCGUGCAAUGCCACAAAAGAUCAUGCAAUUGUUUGGAUAGAAAGGGAAGCAGAGAAGGCUUUGGAAAGAAUGCCGGAAUAUCACAAGGAGACCACAACAGCAGCCCCAAGAGUACAAAAAAUCGAGAGGUUGCAGACAAUAGAAAAAGAACACAAGGAUGCUUUGGAAAGAGCUGUUAGUUUGAACAUACCUCAUGCUGUGACUGCCGAUGAAGAAGAGGAACAGCCCUCACCAAGCAAGGAGGAAGAAUGCGUAGAAGGUGGGGAUGGGGAUGAUACUGAGUCUUCUACGAAUGAGCCAAAAACUAAGUCGCUGUCCCGUGGUGGAAGAACUAACUGGGAUUUGGUUGUUCAGAAGCUUUUCAAGAAAUAUCCGUUGGGAGAAAUGCUAUUGAAGAAGGACGAUACAGUUGUAGAACUCAACCACAAAAGCUAA